AUGGCCGAGUGCGACCUCGAGCCGUCCUACGACUGCCUGGAGGAUGCAGAUGCGCUGGAGUGGCUCCUCCUCCACCAAAGACCGUGGAAGAUCUUCACGUUCUCGCCCGUGCAAGCAGAAAGACAGCACUGUCGAUCUGUCUUCGAGAACUUGGUUGCCAAGCGCUCCGGCUGCCACGAAGCGCUCUUCGGUCUGGGCCGGCUCCUGGUGCUGGACUGCCAAUUCGAGGAGGGGCUGCGCUGCCUGGAGGAGGCGUGCGCCUUGCGGCCCGAUGGCUUGUACCUGGCAUGGAUGGGAUGGGCUUUGCUGCUCUGCGCCGCCUCGCAGAACUUUCUCCAGAGGCCCAGGAUGCAGCAGCGCGCACGGCGCUGCUGCGAGGACGCCCUGAAGGCGUCCGAGGACCUUCCCUUGGCCCUGCGCUGCUUGGCCAACCUGGGAGACCGCACCUCCGCGGCGCGCGCUGCGGAGGUGGAUGUUUUUUCCGUCCCGGCCUUUGCGAAGCACCUCUUGGAGGGAGGAAAGCCCGAACGCCGUGCUGCCACGGAGGCUUUGAGGAAGGUUUUGGCAGAGGUGUCCCUGGACGAGGAGGCUUUGUCUUCGGCAGGUGCCGUGGUGAGGAGCCUGGACCAGGAACCUGACGACAAGUCCUCAGCAAAAGAAGGCGUGGUGCAUCGGGCCAUCUCCUCCAAAGUCCUGGCUCUGGAAAUACUCUGGAGCCACUUGCGCCAUCGAAACAAGCGACCUGCCAGGGCUGCCGAGGCAGCUCUGCUUGCCGCAGUCGCCUUGCGCCCCUUUCCCAUCCCAUGGCAACGAGCUGUUUGCCUCGCACUCAAGGCUCUCGCUCUUGACGGGCAGUGGGACGAGUGCUGGCGCUUGGCAGCGGCAGAGUUGUCGUACAGAUCCUCGAGAGAGAUCCUGUACCAAUGCGGCCGCCUGGCUCACUACGACGGGAGGGAAGAGGCAUGCCAAGCAUAUCUGCCUCACCUCCGGGGUAUGUUGCCCUUGGUGCCCGCCAGCGUGCAGCCGGCCGUGGGCUUCUGGGUCGCCUUGCUCCAGUUUAGUGGAGGUUAUCCGCUACCGGCUGCCAAAGCGCUGCAGGAGGUGUGGCCUGCUGUCCAAGACAGCAGCUACCAAAGUACUACGAAACAGCGCCUGGCCAAAGAUGUCCUAAACAAGGCGGCAGACUUAGAAGCGAACGUGCGGAGGAUCUACGAUGCCUCCAACGCAGUUUGGCUCCAGGCUUCCGGCAAGGCUCAGAAGGAGCUCGCAGCUGAAGCUGAACAAGGGCCAUCUGCCCAGACGAAGGGCAAGGGUAAAAGCCAAAGCGCUGACCAGCUCGUUCACCGUCGCCCUCCGGGCUAUGGCGAUGGACCGGCAAGGUCCGGGAAGCAAAUGGUUUCGGGAGUUGCCGAAGCGGAUCCUGUCGGUUUCGGUUCGGCGGAAGCUACGUAUCCACCUCCUCUGGGAAGCGCUCCCCCUGGGAACUGGGAAGACUCUCCACCCUGGCGGGCCGAAGGUGCCGCGGCACGACCUGCGAAGCCCGCAAGUUGGUCCGUUGCACUUGGUCCGGCACUGCGACAAGCGGCUUCAGCAUCCCCAUGGAGCUUGUUCAGCUCAUGGCGAGCUUCACAAGCGAUAGCUGCCGUAGAGGACGCAUUCCUUGGCAAGCUUUGCCAGGGCCGCCUGCAUCUGAUGCGAGGGGAAUUGGAAGAAGCAGAGAGGGUGUGGGCAGCGCUGAGCUCUGAGAGCAACCGGCUUGAGGUUUUCAUCGAGCUGUGGAGCCUUCACGAUGCCCAGCUCGCCCACAAGAAGGCUGUGCUGUCUGCCCGACGUGCUCUGGAUUUAUGUGGCGACACGGGAAGGGAGUUGCAGGUGAGCCUUGAUCCCGAAGUACUCCUGCACAAGAAGGUGUGGGGCGGCAGCAGCGGUGAGGCCUUGGAAUGCCGCACCGUGGUGCAGCUGUUGCUGGCGAAGUCACUGCGUAGGUGCGGUCUGUAUGAGGAUGCCUGGCAACUACUGCUGGCAGCUUCUCGUCAGGCCGUCGCCUGGAAUGCCGAGGAGGCAUCGACUCAGGGGGCCUACGGCGCUUUCCUGUACCAGGGUUUGAAGCUGUGCGUUGUUGCAGCAGAGGAUCUCAGGAGGAUUGAGGACGAUGCUAUGCAGUGGGUGCAGCGAGGCGCUACUGUGCUCGGGGGCUUGGAGAGUCGAGCUUUGAAGCUUCGAGCUGCAAGCACAGCCUCGAAGUGCAGUGACUUGGCGAAGGACUGGCAACGACAGGCCGUUUGGUACAGGAGGCGUGCCUGCUUGCCCCUUCCUGCAGAAUAUGAUGUCUUUACGGCUUUGCAGAUGACGCAGUCGGCAUUGGAUGAGCAGAUGGUGGUGUCCGUGGCAUUGGCCAACUCCGGAAGAGCCAAUGUCUCCAGACAUGACGACGAUAAAGACGUCUCCGAAGAUGAAGCGACAGACGUGCACCCGCUGGAAGAUGAGGAACCGGAAGAGAGCACAGAUCCCAACAAGGUUGCAGAGGACGAUUUUGGGGAUGCGGAGGAUGAAGAUGACCUUCACCUCGAAGUACCCGCUCCGGACGGCCAUGAAGAGCUUCAGAUAGAGGAGAAUUCUAGCCUUGCCAAAAACGGACGGUACAGGUCUCCAGCGGAGCGCAUUCACAGCUUGAUUGCCAAGUUCGUCUAUGCUCGACCACCGGCGCGUAACGACAAAAUCUCGAAAAAGAGGCCGCUUCUCUUCAUGCACCAGGCAAAGAGUGGUGGGACAUCGCUCCGUGAGGUUCUCUAUCAGACCAGCAGGCAUCAUGGCCUCUCCGCCUUCAUCCCCUGCAACGGCGGAGUCCACUGCCAGAAGUUUGAUAUUAACGGUGAGACAGCUGCGGUGUACGGAGGCCACUUUUGCUGGAAGGCGACCACCAACAACCUUUACAGGCAUGGGGUCCGCCAGUUCUCAUGUGUCACCAUCUUCCGUGAGCCCGUGGCACGCUAUUACUACCGGCUCGUCGGCCAGCUCGGAAAAGCACCUUCUUGCAUUUCGGAUGUGCCGCCAGAGAAGCUGAAGUCGAAGCUGAUCGAUGGUGCCUGCAUCAACGAGCCCUUUCGGAGGAUCGGAGAUUGCAAUGUGGCGACACGUCUAGAACACCACAAAUCGGACGAGGCCUCACCGGAAAUCCUGUUCUACUCCUACUCCUACCAGGCGCAGGUUUCGGCCUGGCAGACGACAUUGUCCCACCUCGCCGGCUGCGUUCCGAUCAUCCUGGAGGCUGGCCUUACCUGGGUUGUCACGGAGGUCGCGGGACACCUCUUCCCUCAGUUUUCCGAUGCUUUUCACCAGAUGAGGCAGGUCAAGCUGAACAAGAACAAGAAGUACGACCAUCAUUGCAAAAUUACAAAUGCUCAUGUUCGGGCCGUGAAGGAGGCAGCGUCACAUGAGAUCAAGCGCCUCAGCUGCAUUCAACGGCAAGGCCUGCCUGGCGCUUGCAUUCUUGUUCCAACCAUGAUCCAUGCUGCGAGGAUGUACAAGGCGGCCAAGAAGCGAGUGUGGCGAUUGAAGGAAGAACUGAAGCUCUAG